AUGAUUGGUUUCCGCCCCCACUUCUCCACACAAGACGUCCUCUUGAAACUCCACCACGACCUUCUCGAUCCGCCCACCUUCUCGGACACUAAGGCUCUCCUUAGCCUCGACCUUCACAAGGCGUUCGACAACGUCUCCCAUUUGGCUAUUCUUACCGAACUCGCCACCAUCAACCCCGGCUCUUGCACCUACCACUACAUUCGCUCCUUCCUCACGGCCCGCACGGCCGAAAUCAUCGUGGGAGAUCUCUCGUCUCCCACGUAUGCGCUUGGAUCUCGUGGUACCCCUCAGGGCGUCGUCUUGUCGCCUUUUCUUUUUAAUCUCGCCCUUCGCUCACUUCCCGACAAGCUCGACCGUAUCCCCGAUCUCAAACACACCCUGUACGCGGACGACGUAACUCUUUGGAUCACGUCUGGCUCCGACGGGCACAUUGAGCAGACGUUGCAACGCGCAACUGACGUCGUCACAAGUCACGUGCACGCGGCCGGUCUCGCUUGCUCGGCGGCCAAAUCCGCCCUCCUCCUCAUGCGGCCCCCCGACCGGCGUCGCCACAAGACGCCUCACCCCACCAUCACGAUUCACGCCAAUUCCACUCCCGUUCCCGUCGUCUCGCUUCUCCGGGUGCUCGGGCUGAUAGUACAGUCAAACCGCCAUAAUGCUCACACCAUCGACCAGCUCUCGCUUUCGGUUCAGCAAACCGCGCGCAUGCUCGGUCGUGUCCGAGCGCGGUGCAUCGGCAUGCGCGAACACGAUCUCCUCCGCCUAGUCGACGCUUUCGUCGUUUCCCGUCUCACGUACGGCCUUCCUUAUACUCGUCUUCACAAAUCGGAACGCGACAAGGUCGACGUCCUCAUCCGCCGUGCAUACAAUACUGCUCUCGGCUUUCCCCCCAACGCGUCCACGGCACGUCUCCUCCACCUGGGAGUCCACAACACGCUGGACGAACUGAUUGAAGCUCACUGCACCGCUCAGACCUGGUCUCACUACCGCAUGUUCUUCGGGCAGCCUUUUCCAUCAAGCCGCUACCCAAGAAUAUGCUCGCGGGACACCACGACGCCCAUCGCCAAGCCCGUGCGGCCAUGCUUUAUGCCAAGUACGCCGACCAUCCGGCCAUCGCCUACGUGGAUGCGGCCCGAUACGCCUCGCCCGGGAACGCCUUCGCAGUCGUCUCCGUCUCGCCCUCCUCGGCACCCUCGGCCGCCCUCGGGGCCGACAAUCACGGCCGCCACCGUUCGAACGCCCUACGUCGUCGAGGCUGAGGAGGCGGUCAUCACUUUAGCCGCCACCUCGACCGACGCCAGCGUCAUACUCUCCGACUCCAAGCACGCCAUCUCCAAUUUCGCCCGAGGUCUCGUCUUGCCUACCACCUUACGGCUCCUUCGCCCACUUCUACGGGAAGACGAACCGUGUCACAUUGAACUGAUCUGGGUCCCCGUCCACUCGGGUCACCCUGACGAGUCGGCUCACCAACACACUCGAGGAUUCGUCGACCGAGUGGUGGGCCCCUCCCUGUCGGACUCCCCGGUGCCGGAGCCCCUGGUCACCUACCACGACAUUACCCAGCACUAUCGCCUCGAACGGUACGCCUACCCACCCCCACAUGGCAGUCUUCCCAAGCGGUCCAAGAUCGCCUGGCGUCGCCUCCAGACCCGCACCUUUCCGUGCCCCCUAGUGUAUUCACACAUCCACCCUGGUGUCAUAGAUCCACGCUGCUGCCUGUGCGGCGACGUUGCCUCCUUAAACCACAUCCUCUGGGGCUGCCCGGAAGACCCCCCGCCCGCCGACCUCGUCUCGCCACCCCCCACCGAUGAACAAUGGGAGUCGGCUUUUGAAAUUUCACCUUUCUCCAAAGUAGACUGA